UGGUAGAUUGUAUCUUGUCAACCUACUUCGGUAGGCUAUGCCUCCUAAGUUUGUCCUCGUAGCUUGUGCUCGUAGGUUGUCCUCGUAGGUUGUACUCAGUGGUCUAAACUACUCAUAUAUAUAUAAUAUCUAAUGGGAAGUAUUGUGGUUUUGUGACCUACAUCCCAUACGCAAUACAGUAUGUUACAGCAAGAUAUAGUUAACCACAAUAACAACAGAUGCGGUUGCGGUUCUAAAGUGUUUACGCAUGUAAGCAAGCUUCUAGCGCAUGCAAGCAAGCUUCUAGAUAACGUUCUAAUUAAUUAUAUAUGAAAUUAUAAUAUGAUAUAAAAAUGAUAUUACAUAAUAGUAGUUGCUAUCAUGUAACAGUCAAACAGUGUAAGAUAAUUUCCAAACUGAAGAAAGAAAAUUACAAACUAAAUAUGUGUUUAAGAGAAUGCGAAGACGAAUUACAAGAUAUAAAGUUUGAGUUCCGUGAUCUACAAGAUGAACACGAAGAACUUAAGACUUCGCUUGAUAACACAGACGGCAAUCCUGCAACUACGAUCGUCGCUGUAGAUAAAACCAGUGAGAUUGAAAUACUGCGCGCGAAAAUCAACGCUUUGGAAAGCGAUGUGGAACGUAAUCGCCGUGCAAUCGGAGAGCUCGAGAAAACUAACAAAUCGUUUCAAGAAAGGGAGUUGGAGUUGCUGAACGCCGAUAGAGAAAAGACGAUGCAUCUUGACAUCGCCGUGAAAAAGAUACGUGCUUUGGAAAAAGACGUAGGUAUGUUUGCCAGACAGAGCAGCGAGCUCAAAGCUGAGAUAAGGGCUCUAAAAAAUCGCGAUCACGAAUCUACUUUUGAUUUAAUGCAUGGUGAAGCAGCCAGGUAAGUUAUUGCACAUUUAUUCAUACCGUUUUUCCUCUAUUUAGCUCCCUGGAUUUUUUUACU